AUGGCAGGACUUAGAAAACCGAUCCAGAACCAGAACUGUGGUGUUCCCCUGGGAUGGGGGAAGAUCGGUAAGGAAGUACACCGACAGGGCCUUUACCACAGCCAACAACUCCCGGUCCCCCACAUCAUAGUUACGCUCAGCCGGACCGAGCUUCUUCGAAAAGAAAGCGCAGGGGCGGAGUUUCGGUGGCACCCGAACGCUGUAAUAGCACGCGCCUUCAAACGAUUGAAGGCUCUGUCAGCCUCUGCCGACCACCGCAAACGCACCAGCCCCCCCUUCAGCAAUGAGUAUAGACAGUACAAGAAAUCAGCGAACGCUAACUUUGAGCCCCAUGUUUCAGAGGAAAAGGUGACGGCUCAGAGGACGUUCACGCUCAGUGACGUCUUCAAUAGCUCCAUCAGGGCCAGAUCCUACAACAUGCGCUGGAUCUCAGACCCUGAGUAUCUGCAUGAAAAAGACGGCUCCAUCUUCCUUCACAACCUGAUCACAGGAAACAACUCAGAAUUCCUGAGCAGCAUCACAUUUGAUCAAGUGGCUGCCUAUGACUAUGUAGUGUCUGCUGAUCAAAAAUAUGUUGCUUUCAAGAGCAAUUGGACUAAGAUAUGGAGACACUCCUUCACAGCUUCAUAUUCUCUCUAUGAUUUUGCAGGCUCGACAUUUCUCAGUACACCAGACAUUCCUCACCAAGUCCAUUUGUUUGCAUGGGCGCCAACAGGGAACAAAAUGGCCUUUGUGUGGGAAAAUGAUGUCUAUGUGAAGACCAGCCCUACUGCUAAGGCCAUACAGGUGACCUCAAACGGAAAACACAACAAAAUCUUAAAUGGCAUCCCAGAUUGGGUGUAUGAGGAGGAAAUGUUCUCUUCUUACGAGGCAAUGUGGUUACCUGGAGGGAAGUAUCUGGCCUAUGCUGAGUUUAACGACACUCUGGUCCAAAACAUAGAGUAUUCCUGGUAUGGGAAGGAACAGUAUCCCGACACUGUCAUUUUCCCCUAUCCUACGCCUGGUACUCCCAAGCCAGUGGUGAAGCUGUUUGUGUAUGAUAUUACAAACAUAUCAAACAUCACAGAAGUUGUUGUGCCAGCUUCAGUUGGAGCAAGGUAUGCAGGGCCUUGCAGUCAGAAAGCAGAUUUCCGCUAUAGGUUAGGCUGGGCCGCAUACCUGGCGAGCACGGAGAAGGUCAUUGUUGCCAGCUUCGAUGGACAGGGAGCUGGGAGUGGAGUUUUCAAAUGUGGAAUGGCAGUGGCCCCAGUUUCCAAGUGGGAUUAUUAUGAUACAAUCUACACAGAACGUUACAUGAAUCAACCUUCAGAAAAUCUUGAAUUCUACAACAACUCCACAGUGACAGCCAGAGCUAAGAACUUCAAAUCAGUGCAAUGCCUUCUGGUCCAUGGGACAGCAGAUGACAAUGUCCAUUUUCAGCAAGCUGCUCAGAUCUCUGCAGCUCUGGUUGAGGAACAAGUGGACUUUGAGGCUAUGUGGUACACGGACAAGGACCAUGGUCAUGAUGGUUCAGCCAAUCAGCAUGUCUAUACCCACAUGAGUCACUUCCUCCAGAGUUGCUUCGCCUGA